AACAGGCAUAAUGGCAAUGGCUGUCGAGAAAAAUUUAACAUCCACGGUAGAAAAUAAAAAUAAAAGUUCACCUAUCCAGCAGGAAAAUUUCUCCAGUGAAAAGCAACAACAGCAAAAUGCUUUAGGAGACUCUACUACAGAAACACCAACUAAUUCAACUCGUCGUUUGACUAUGAAAGUAACGAAUAAAAAGCCACUCAGUUUGAUAUCAAUGACGAAGCAGGCACGCGAUCUUGAAAAUCAAUACUAUGUAAAAAAGAAGCGUUUUGUGUUGCUGAAGAGACAACUCGUACAAAAACAAAAAACCACACAAGAUUUAUACGAAGAUAUAUCUCAGUUGCGUGACAAGAUGAUACUCAAUGGUGUAAAGGAUCCUGGGAAAUUGGAAGAACUUAAGAUCAUAGAAAUCGACUCGUCAAAAAUUCCUAUAAUCGAACCAAAGGUUCAACAAGUUGUUUCUAAUGAGCAACAAACAAAGAUUAACAAAACGAAUAAUCUUACCAUCAACGUCAAUAAUAAUUCUAACAUGGACAACGAAUUCAUAAUAAAUUUGAAUAACAAACUGAAAGAAAUAUCGAAGAGGUAUCAAGAUCUAUGCGAAGAAGCACUAAGAAAACAUACAUUUAUGAUCGUAUCCUUGGAGAAGAAUUUAGAAGAAGAUAUUGACGAGUCCAAGAAUUCAGAAGUUUUAAUGCAUUUAGAAUCUUAUCGAGGUGACAAUACAUCUUUAAAGACACGUUUGGAAGAAAUGAAGUCUGCGCAAUUGGAAGCUAUUAAGGAGCUCGUAAAGGACACUUGCAAUCUUUACGACGAAUACGAUAAUUCUCGUAUGCGUAUAAAGGAACUUAAUAACAUGUUGGAUGAACAAAAAGAUAUCCGUGAACAAUUGGCCGUACUUUCGAAUGAACUUCAGAGUGAACGAGAGAAGCACAAUGUGACGAAGGAACGUCGUUUACAGAACGAGGGCCAAUUGCAAAGGGCUCGUACGAAGAUCCGUGAUCUGGAGAACAAAAUAGCCUGCGACGAGACGAAGAUACAACAGCUGCAGACCCAGAACAAGUCUCUCGAGAAUCAACUGAAAGUAAAGGAACAGGCGAUGGAGCAACGUUUAAAGGAUAUGCAGAAAACGAUAAGGAACAGCGAGAACCUCGUUACGAAAAUGGAAAAACAGCGGGACAGCUUCGAAGCACGGCUGAUGGAACUGAAGGAAACGAUGAACAGUAAGGAAACCACUGCGGAGAAUAUCACGAAAAACAUGAACGACCAGAUGGAUGCCAUGAUUGUCGAAAUGGAUCUGGAGAAGAAAAAGAGGGAGGCUGCAGAGAACGAGUUAUCCAUGAUGCAGGAACGCUACAAGGAAUUAGAAGCAACGAGUCAAGAAAUGUGUAAACUUUUAGAACAGAGUAAAAAUUUUGCAAUAACAGAUGGCAGUCAUACAGAAAACGAGAUUCGUCUGUUCAACGACCUAAAACUAGCACGAGAAGAACUUGAAAAACAGAAAGGAACGAUACUGAAGCUACAACAGGAGAAGGAAGAAAUCACUGCAGUGAUGCAUCAGGCGGCUAAUAAUUCGGAGGAUGAAUCUAAGGAUAAACUAGCUGCAGAACUUAUGAUCAAAUCUAAGGAAAUUCGUGACAUCACUAUGAAGCGUAAUCACUUGCAACAAAUAACAGAAAAUCUCCAAAAACGAAAUAAGUUAUUGGAGGAACAAAUGCAGGACAUCCAAAAUCGUUUGCAAGUUCAAAUAAAAGAGGGUGGGAAAGCUGCGGUUGGAGCUUACGUUAUUGAACUUCAGCAACAGAUAUCCGAUCUUCGUAAUAGUUUAACGGAGACAACAGCACAUACUGCGGAGUUAGAAACAGCUCUUACACAAAAGCAACUUGAGCUUGAACAACGUGAUCGUAUAAUGCGCGAACAAAGUAAAUUCCUUAAAGUUCGAGACGAGUUAUUGAGUCUUUUGAAAGGAAAAGAUGGGCAUGCGGAUAAAGAUAUUUCGAACGAUGACGAGGAACAUCAUAAAGACAUAGACGAAAUCAACAAACAAAUCGUUGCGAAGACAGAGGCUAUACAAGAAUUGUACGCAACUUUGGAGAACAAACAGAUGCAAGUAUUGCGCUUGGAGAAAAUCGUGAAACAAAUGGAGGAUCAUCAGGAUCAUGCUCAGGCUCAACGCACACGUUUGGAGAAUCGUAUCGCUCAGCUGGAAUUGGCUCUACAAGAGAAAAACAAGGAUCAGCGGAGUAGAGGGUUUGGCAUCCUGUAAGAAACAUUCUUGUCAUCGCCAUUACUUGCUCUCUGUAGAAUUAAAAUU